AGUGGAACUUCUCCCCCGCUCGUGAAAUGGAGACCAACGUGGAGAUCAAGGCAGAUGAGGUCAAGGCAGAGGAGACCAGGGAUGAGACUCGCGAUGAAGAGACUGGAGGUCGCAUAGACGAUGAAGAGGAGCGACGAGGUGAUGGGGAUGGAGCUGCUGGUGGCAAAGUUCAUGAAGAUGCCAAACGAGAGCAUGAUGAGGAAGAUGACGAUGAUGAGGAGGAUGAGGAAGACGAUGAUGACGAGGAGGACGAGGAGAAAAUGAGCCACACGCAGUUCCUGGAUGUCUUCCAGGAGGGCAUGGCCAGGAUACUUCAGGACCCCCUGCUGUGCGACCUCCCUGUGGGGGUGACGCUGGAGGAGAUUCGGUCCCAGAUCGCCCUGGAGCACGGCCGCGCCAUGACGGUGCGGGUCGUGCGCGGAGACGGCGAUAUCCUGCCGGUCGUCGUGCAGCAGGAUGCGUCGGUGCUCGACCUGAAGAAGGCGCUGCGGCGCCACAUGCAGCUGAAGAUGGAGCGCGAGUCUCGAACGCGCCUCGUCAGCUGGAGGUACGUGUGGAGGACCUACCACAUGGUGUUUGAGGGUCACCAGCUGCUCGAUGACUCCAAGCUGCUCAAGGACUAUGGCAUCCGGAACCGCGACGAGGUGACCUUCGGCAAGACGCUGCGCAAACGGUAGCCGACCAUCGCCGACCCAGGUCGCCGGGUCGACACCGCGGCAACUUGGUGUUGACGUUCGUCACCGUCGCCGCCGCCGCGAUGUCUCAACUCGACGGACGGUGUUGGCUGGACGAGACCAGGAACCAGAGGUCGCAAACGGGUUUUGAUUCCUUACCCGUACACGGCCGCACCAGGGUCGCAGGUACCCGUACCCGUACCUAAUCGGGUACGGGUAGCCGGGUAUCGGGUAGGGCACGUGUAUCGGGUAGGGCACGGGUAUCGGGUACCCGAUUGCGACCUCUGGGAUGAAACCAUGUUGCAAGCGUGGGUGGGUUGAUUCUAGGAACUUGAAUUGUGAGAAGAGACAAGACGUUGGGAAAUGAGUGACAAACGGUUACUCACCAGUGACUCACGGCCUACCCGUACCCGGCCGUACCAGGGUCGCAAACGGGUACCCGUACCCGACUGGGUACGGGUAGCUGGGUAUCGGGUAGGGUAGUCGGGUAUCGAGUACCUGGUUGCGACCUCUGCCAGGAACCCCGAGGGAAAGGGGGACUAGUGACACUUGGGAGGAGAUCAGAUACCGAUGACCUUUAUUACAUACCAUCUGAGAACCGAUUUGAGAACGAGGCAUUUGGGAGGAAUCCGUCGGCCCUGAGAUAUAAGCUCGUGGAGAUCAUGGCUGCAUUAUUGAGCAGAUGGAGACCCAGGGCAGAGUACACGGUUGAGACCAGCAGCCCGGGAAAAUUAUGGGAGAUCAGGAAUGCCCAGGAGAAGGCUGAGACCGAGAGAGAGAAUAUCGAGGCCUAGAGGAAAGGCCCCUUACCCAAUAUUUCAAUUGUCGGCGAGCACGCGUCUAACCAGGCCACCCACAGGUGGGAAUGGUUUCUUUUUACAGUUGUUCUGGUUGUCGCGACUACGGCAUUUGAAGAUGGUAAUUGCGAUGGCGUUUCUGCGGACGUGAAGUAAAGAAAUAAAAUUUCCCCGCUUUCCUGA